GAUCAAGCUUCAAGAGGUCAUGAUAGUCAUGGUGGACCUAGUUAUGAUGGAUCAAGAGGCCGCAAUGGUCAUGAUGAAUCAAGAGGCCGUAGUGGUUAUAGAGGUCAUGGUGGUCAUGGUGGAUCAAGAG